AUGACAGCAAUGUGUUUGGGUGACGAAGGGAUGGUAGCCUAUAUGAAGUUCGUACUACACUCGACGUAUUCGUACAUGGUUGUGACCGUCGGUUGCCCAGAUCCUUCCCUUACGAAACAACAAAUUGAUGAUUGUGCUGCGGAAUGCAUUGGGGAUUCAGAGUACUGUAUCGGAAUUUAUUUAACGCGAGAAACUUGCACCCACAUCUAUGAUGGCUCUGAUCCGACGCUAAAUUUUUAUUUGUACGAUCGACACCAAAAUACGACAAUACCAUGUCCAACACAGGAUAUAUCCGCGCAGAUUGCAAAUGAUCGUGAGGGGAAAUUCAAGUACGGUUGCGUCAACAACGGCAUCUACAGCUCGGAGUUCAACAGCCUCUGCAUUAACAUCAACGGCAGCAAGUACGUCUGCGUCGACAUCGACGUCAGCAACUACGAUUUUCUUAGUAGCUACUCCUACAGCUGCACCUGCGCCAACAUCAACAUCAACAAGUACACCUUCGUCAUCUUCAACGCCUACGACCACCACUUCAACAACGUCGACGACAGCAACGACGACAACAACUACGGCCGGCCCCACAACGUCAACAGGACCGUCUCCUUCAACAAUUGCCAAUUGGAUCUGGCCUGCUCGGCCCCACCCGGCAUACAAGCUGUCUUAUCUCUAAAUAACUUGUCCAUGUACCUGGAGAAAGACGACGCAAGCCCACUGAAUUAUGCUACGAAUUCGUUGAAGUGUGUAAAUGGGACAUGGAUUUAUGGCAUUCAAUACUCGGUGACGCAAGUCGGCUGCAGC